AUGAAUAAAAAAAUGUUGGUUCGCUCUGCUCGGCCAGCCCUAGCCUCCAUUUGCCGCCUUUUCUCCGCCGCCGCCGCGACGGUGGACACGACGGCGGAUGUAGCCGUGGCAAAGACUCGCAGCGGAGGAGGUGGAGGAGCAGUAGCGACGAAGAAAAAAGAAACCGUAGUUGGAGGAAGAGACACUCUAGGAGGGAGACUAUUAGGCCUCACCUAUACGAAACGCAGUGCCGUUGUUACUAUACGGAAAUGGAGAGAAGAAGGCCACUCCGUUCGCAAAUACGAACUUAAUCGAAUCGUUAGAGAGCUUCGUAAGAUCAAACGCUAUAAGCACGCUCUUGAGAUAUGUGAAUGGAUGGUUCUACAAGAAGAUAUAAAACUGCAGCCUGGUGAUUAUGCUGUACAUCUGGAUUUGAUUUCUAAAAUCCGUGGUUUGAACAGUGCUGAGAAGUUUUUCGAAGAUAUGCCUGAUCAAAUGCGAGGCCAUGCUGCUUGCACUUCCCUUCUCCAUAGUUAUGUUCAGAACAAGUUGUCUGAUAAAGCCGAGGCCUUGUUUGAGAAAAUGGGUGAAUGUGGUUUCUUGAAGUCUUGUCUGCCUUACAAUCAUAUGCUGUCCAUGUAUAUAUCGAAAGGGCAGUUUGAGAAAGUCCCGGUGUUGAUUAAGGAAUUGAAGACCAAAUCAUCGCCUGAUAUUGUUACAUAUAAUCUGUGGCUGACUGCCUUUGCCUCUGGAAAUGAUGUCGAAGGUGCGGAAAAAGUUUAUCUUAAGGCGAAGGAAGCGAAGCUGAAUCCAGACUGGGUGACUUACAGCGUGCUAACGAAUUUGUAUGCUAAGACUGAUAAUCUCGAAAAGGCGAAACUUGCUUUAAAGGAGAUGGAGAAAUUAGUUUCUAAGAAAAACCGGGUUGCUUAUGCUUCUCUCAUAAGUCUGCACGCGAAUUUGGGCGAUAAAGAUGGAGUCAACUUAACCUGGAAGAAGGUUAAGUCCUCUUUCAAGAAAAUGAAUGAUGCUGAAUACCUCAGCAUGAUAUCUGCGGUGGUGAAACUUGGCGAAUUCGAUCAAGCCAAAGCUUUGUACGACGAAUGGGAAUCUGUCUCUGGAACAGGAGAUGCUAGAAUCCCCAAUCUAAUCCUUGCCGAAUACAUGAACAGAGAUGAGAUUCAUCUGGGAGAGAAGUUUUACGAACGAAUUGUGGAGAAAGGGAUAAACCCGAGCUAUUCUACAUGGGAAAUUCUCACAUGGGGUUAUUUGAAGCGUAAAGACAUAGAGAAAGUAUUAGAUUAUUUCGGGAAAUCCAUUGAUUCGGUGAAGAAAUGGACUGUGAAUGUAAGAUUAGUUAAACAAGUGUGCAAGGAACUUGAGGAACAAGGGAAUGUUAAAGAAGCAGAGAAGCUAAUGACUAUACUCCAAAAGGCUGGUCAUGUGAACACUCAGCUCUACAAUUCUUUAUUACGUACUUAUGCUAAAGCAGGCGAAAUGGCACUCAUAGUUGAAGAGCGUAUGGCAAAGGAUAAUGUAGAGUUAGAUGAAGAGACCAAGGAGCUCAUAAGACUAACCAGUCAAAUGCGUGUGACUGAGAUCUCGCCCACCACUUCCUAGCCUAAAAACUGCAGAAUUAGUUUCGGUCUGCAACUUCCACAAACCGAGGAUUACAGAAAACAUAUUUGGAGUGAAUACAUGACGCUUUUUUGUUGCAACAUUGAGAGAGGAGAGCUGAUCGGUAUCAAGUCCUGACCAAUCAAGAUACUUGGCUUGGAGCAGCAAUAUUUCACUUUCACGGACAAUUAGGGCCUGAGAGUAAUCUGCCCAAAGCUGCAAAUGAAUGAUCUUUGGUGCAAAGAUCACAUUGAGUUAUUCCUUUUUUUGUUUUAUAUUUCCUCAAUUUGAUAUGAAUAAAAACUAUUUUUGUAUUGUGCCAAUUUUAUAUCCUUUGUUUACUAUA